AACCUGGGCAAGGUCGUGGCGCUCGUCGACGUGUCGGGCUCCAUGGGGGGCACGCCCAUGGACGUCGCGGUCGCGCUGGGGUUGUUGGUCUCCACGUUCGCGGCGCCCGCGUUCAAGGAUCGCUUCCUCACCUUCGAGUCGGAGCCCCGCUGGCACGCCCUCGACGCUACCGCGUCGCCCGUGGAGAAGAUGCGCGCGGCGCGGGCCGCGCCCUGGGGCGGGUCGACGUCCUUCGCGAAGGCGCUCGAUCGCGUUUUGGACGCGUGCGUGGAGCACAAACUAUCCCCCGAGGAGAUCCCGGACCUCAUCGUCUUCAGCGACAUGCAGUUCGACCAGGCCGAGGGCUACGGCGGCCGC